AAAGCCCAAACCGCAGUCGGCGCAAAAGCCCCAAGGCUUUUCCACGUCCAAGAGCCAUGUUCCGCCAAUCCUCCCCCUCCUACAGCGACGCCCUCAUGCACCACCACGCCGCGAGCUUCUCCGCCGCCGCGCUGUCCGUCACCGUCCCGGCCCAGAUCCCCCGCGGCGGCGCGGCGGCCGGCGGGUACCUCGACGGCAAUGUUGGCGCCUUCUCGUCGCCGCCGUCGUCCUGCUACUCGUCCUCGUUCCCGUCGUCGUACUACAACAGCAUCCAGAGGAGCAUCAGCUCGCACUCGCUCCCGAUGCGCCUCCAGCUGGCCGACGUGUCCCUCGGCGGCAGUAGCGGCUUCUACUCGCCGUCUUCGCCGUCCACGCACCAGCUGCCUCUGCAGCCGCUCUCGUCCUCCCCGUCCUCCUCCGCCGGCGAACUCUUCGAGUUCACCUCGUCAUGCCCCGUCCGCCGCGUCUUCAGCACCGGCGAUCUCCAGGGGAUGAACGGGUCGUCGCCGCCGCGCCCGGUGCCGUCAGCCGACGGCUGCGGCCAAGAGGGUGGCGGGCCGUUCUCACCCAAGGUCGGCCGCUACAGCGCCGAGGAGAGGAAAGAGAGGAUCGAGCGCUACCGUGUCAAACGGCACCAGAGAAACUUCAACAAGAAGAUCACUUACGCCUGCAGGAAGACGCUGGCGGACAGCCGCCCGCGGGUGAAGGGCCGGUUCGCGAGGAACGGCGAGACCGACACGGAGGCCGAGGAACGCGAGGCGUCCGACAACAGCUACGGCUACGACUACGGCUGCGGCCACAACGAGCUGAGCAACGGCAACGGCAACACCACCUACAGCGCGGGCAGCUGCUACGACGGCCACAACAGCAAUAGGCUCAACGGCGACAAUGGCGAGUGGUGGUGGCGGGCGCCGGUCGCCGCCGCGGUCGCGGCCGCGGCCGACGACGAGGCGCAGCGGCAGCGGCAGAUCGUCGGCUUCGACGAGGACGAGGAGCUCUGGGCGUCGCUCGGCGACAUGCUGUCGGUGAACCUGGCCUCGUAGGCCGAUCGCCUGCUGCCUGCUGGCCAGUCACCCAGUCACUGGCCGAGCAGCGCGCCAGGGGCCAUGGGACGCGGACGAACGCGACGUGGCGUUGGUGGCCGGUGGGGUCCGGUGCACGCGCGAGCACUCAGGCAGGCCCGCUCGAUCGGCGGGGGCGCCGGUGCGCGGCGCAGUGCGGUGUGGUGAAGAGGUCUGCAUGGUCGGCGUCGUUGACCUUCCCUCGUGUAUGAUUGAUUGCCUUGUAAACUUUUAGCCAGAAACAUGAUGAAUCAACAAAAAAGAAGAAGUUUCAAAAACAUCUCUCCGUCGUGUAAUAUCAUGUGACGCUGAUAGCAGCCUGCGCUCCGUGAGUACCGUGUGACUUCCACCACAAAGCUGCUUCAAUAUUAGCCUGACUGCCUGAGCAUUAACCUUGGUGUGCCUGCUCUGCACCAGACAGUACAAGAGCUAAUACGAGCUCCCGUGACAGUUUUUUGCUAGUCUUUCUCGCGCUCGCGCUCAAUUUGCAGGUGCUAGCUAGCUUUCGUUGUGCCUGUCCACUGGCAGGCACUUUCACUCUUUCAGACUUGAAAUGGAGCAUAUCAUAUGAUC